GCACACGGGCGGAGACCUGCGCGGAGCUCACCGCGCCGCACCGCACCGCACCGCGCCUGCCCCGGCGGGGCGCACCGCACCGCUCCGCUCCGCACCUGUCCCGACAGGGCGCACCGCACCGCACCGCUCCGCACCUGUCCCGACAGGGCGCACCGCACCGCUCCGCGGCUGCCCAGCUGGGCGCACGGUACCGCGGUACCCCCGCGAAGUCCCGUCCCCAGCCCCUUUCCUCCCGCGCCGGCUGCUCCGCGCCGGCCCUGCGGGGGCAGGAGCUGCCCCUUCUGAUUUUGGGGCACAUCCCUGGCGCCGAGGGUGAGUCCCUCCGAUAGCAUGGGGCGCUUCACCGUCUGGGACUAUGUGGUCUUCGCGGCCAUGCUGGUGAUCUCGGCCAUCAUCGGGGUCUACUACGCCUUCGUGGGAGGGGGGCAGAAGACAUCUAAGGACUUCCUCAUGGGGGGCCGCAGCAUGACGGCCCUCCCUGUCGCACUGUCGCUCACUGCCAGCUUCAUGUCAGCUGUCACCGUGCUGGGCACCCCUGCUGAGAUUUAUCGCUAUGGUGCCAUCUUCUGCAUCUUCGCCAUCACCUAUGGCCUGGUGGUGCUGUGCAGCGCUGAGAUUUUCCUGCCUGUCUUCUACAAGCUGGGCAUUACCAGCACCUACGAGUAUUUAGAGCUUCGAUUUAAUAAAUACCUGCGCCUCUGUGGAACGGUCCUCUUCAUUAUACAAACGACUUUAUACACUGGCAUUGUCAUUUAUGCUCCAGCUUUAGCACUAAAUCAAGUCACUGGCUUCGACUUGUGGGGUGCAGUGGUGGCGACCGGUGUGGUCUGCACUUUCUACUGCACACUGGGCGGUCUGAAGGCAGUGGUGUGGACAGAUGUUUUCCAGGUUGGAAUCAUGGUUGCUGGAUUUUCGUCCGUGAUUAUACGAGCUGUGGUGGUUCAGGAGGGAAUUGGACGCAUUGUAAAUGAUUCCUACUAUGGAGGAAGAUUGAACUUCUGGGACUUUAAUCCCAAUCCUUUGCAAAGGCAUACCUUCUGGACGAUAGUUAUAGGUGGGACUUUCACAUGGACUGGCAUUUAUGGGGUCAACCAGUCUCAAGUACAGAGAUACAUUGCAUGCAAAAGCAGAUUCCACGCAAAAAUGUCUCUCUACAUCAACCUGGUGGGCCUCUGGGCGAUACUGGCCUGCGCAGUGCUGUGUGGCCUGGCCCUCUACUCCAUCUACAAGGACUGUGACCCAUGGACGUCAAAUCAGGUGUCGGCACUCGACCAGCUAAUGCCAUACCUAGUGCUGGAUAUUCUCCACGAUUUUCCAGGAGUGCCAGGGCUUUUUGUGGCUAGUGCCUACAGUGGGACGUUAAGUACAGUGUCCUCCAGCAUCAAUGCUCUGGCUGCCGUGACUGUCGAAGACCUCAUUAGGCCGUACUUCAAAUCCCUCUCUGAAAAGAAGUUGUCAUGGAUUUCCAUGGGGAUGAGCCUGUUUUAUGGAGGAGUCUGCAUUGCGAUGGCUGCACUGGCAUCUCUCCUGGGAGCCUUGUUGCAGGCAGCGCUCAGCAUUUUUGGCAUGGUUGGUGGCCCCCUUUUAGGGCUGUUUGCCUUGGGAAUCCUCUGCUCCUUUGCAAAUGGAAUUGGUGCAUUUGUGGGUCUUGUCAGUGGCUUUGUUAUUUCUCUUUGGGUUGGAAUUGGAUCUCAGAUUUAUCCUCCACUCCCAGAGAGGACCAAGCUACUAUAUCUCUCAACUGCAGGCUGUAAUAUAUCCUUAGGAAAUUUGACAUCAACAGAAAAUCCAUUAACAACCAUCUUCAGCACACCAACUGCAGAGAGGCCUGCCCUGGCGGACAACUGGUAUUCCUUAUCUUAUCUCUACUUCAGCACACUUGGGACGCUUAUCACAGUAGUUGUGGGAAUAAUUAUCAGCCUCCUAACAGGAGGACUAAAACAGAACACAGAUAGUAAAUUCCUGCUGACCAAGGAAGAUUUCCUGUCCAACUUCUCACGGUCUAAAUCUGAGACACCAGAGAAAGUGGAGGUGUUGAACUGGAAACCAUUUAUCGUGGCAGCCGAAGGAACUGACAACCCAGCUUUCAGCCACAUUGAAAUGGACGUUGCAAGCAAUAAGAACAAAGUCAAUGGCCUUCAUAUAUGACAUAGGGCCAUGUCAGCCCACGAGGACAGUUUUGUUCAUGUAAAGAUCUGUUGACAUUCCUGUGCUGAGUCACUC